UUAUAAGGGUCAUAGGGCUAGGGUUUUGCUCUGCAUUUGCAACAGAACUGUCAGGAUGAAGUGCCAUCAAAUCCUGACCGGUGCUUGCAAUGCAGGUGAUCGCUGCUUUGCUGUUGGGAGUGUGGAGGGGAUCCCUUUUACAGCAUAUGCUGCUGGGUGCAACAUUGUCAUUCUUGCCAGUAAUUUUGAGCGAGUGCAAGUGAUACCAGGGGUGUGUCAUGAUAAUGUACAGAUCUCAUGUGUCGACUGCUCCACUGACACAGGGAAAAUUGCUGCAGCCUAUGGGAAAUUGGUGUGCAUUUUUGAACCCACUCCACUUGUUAAUCAGAACAACACACAUCGACUAGAUUACCGAUGGAUUCAGACAGGAGUCAUCGAAGCCGAGAGCUACAUAAAUACCAUGUCAUGGAACUUGGAGGGAACUCGUCUCCUAACAGCAGGAGAUAUUUUACAGAUGUGGGCAGCCCCUUUAACAAGAAUUGGUGGAGGGGAAGAUGGUUCAGGGCCGGUUACAUUUGAUCUAGAAUGUGACGGUGGCGAUGAUGAAGAGCCUUCCUGGACAUGCAUCUGGAGGUGUGUGACUGCUGCUCCCACUGUCUUUCUAUCUUUUUCCUCGGAUGGCACACUGUUUGCUACAGCUGCUGCCAAUGAUCGGUUGGUCAAGAUUUGGUAUGACAACAAGCAUAUUCUUGCACCAGCUCGGCCACAAGAUGGAACAACAUUUGCCAGUGAUCUGACACGAUCCUCUGUUAGUUUUAGCUAUAUUUAUCUACCACACCCAAGUGCUGUUAAGGGAUUCACAUGGAGAUCAACUAGCAAAUACAUGCCAAAGGGGAGUGUAAGCAACAUGUUGGUCACCUCUUGCCGUGAUAACAUCUGCCGCAUUUGGGUUGAGACAGUGUUGCCAGAUGAUGGACUUGUUUCCCUUCAUCAUUUAGAUCCAGUGGCUGCUCAGAAUCCACGCUUUCGCACUCAUCGCCACAAGCACAGGUUCAUGCAAAGGUUAAAGCACAUGAAAGCCUGUUUCCAAAUGAGGAGACAUGCGAAGACUGGAGGUAACAUAAUGGGGAGUCUUGCUGGGAUAGGAGUAGAGCCGCUCCCUACUCUUCCAUCUUCCUACUCUGUUCACGAUUUCCACAUGUAUGGCAUCCAUGGCACAGGCAUUACACCAGGCUUCCAGUUCCAUCUAGCUGCUUCAAUCAAUGCAGAAACUGACAUCCCAUUGGUGCCCAGCAUUAGUGGCAUCAGCACAAACGGAGAGUCAGAGCAGAGCUUUGUUAUUCAUUGGCUCAACAAUAAGGAGAUGCAUUUCACUUCAGAGGCAGAGAACAUUCUUUUGGAGGUUAGCCGUCGUGCAAUGGAGAAAGAGUCUGCAUCUCUAGAUCAUGACCGUCAUUCAGAAGUGAGUGACCUUGAAGAUCCAAGACUUCGUGCAACAACAGGAAUUCGUAUUGGUUCACGAACAUCAUCUCACAUGACUGUGCGUACCCGCAGUAUCGAUGAUGAUGAACCAAUUAGCCAGCACUCGACCUCUAUCCGCACACAUCAGCCUCUGAGUGCUGCCACCUCCUCAACUUCAAUUGCAACAGAUGUAACCACUGCAACUACUUCAGCUUUAGGAGAUGCCCUUGACCGACGGAUUGAGACAUUGCUUCGGGACUGGCAUCAGACAUCUGAUGUCCUCUUCUCAAUCCACCCAGUAGAUGGAUCUCUCUUGGUUUGGAUUGUGGAUUUCUUAGAUGAUCAUUCUGGCUCUUUCCGGCAAGCUCAAGUGUCAUUCAGUGCCAGGAUACCCAAUGCUCUGCCACUGGGAGAUUCCAUGACAAUGUCACCAAACUUAGCCAUUUAUAAUGGCACAUUGCCAUCAUUCCUCAAGCAGCUUUUGAAACUGGAACUAGCUCAUGAGGAGGAACUACGUGGAGGAAAGAAUAAGAGCAAGAGCAACUUAACCCUCUCUAGUAGUGAUGAGCGAGAAGGAGGGCUGGGCAGCAGCAGCCCAUCACCCAUCAUUUCCAUGACCACCAAACACAGUAAUGGCUCCCUCAACCUCUGGCAUCUGACUGUGGCUGAAGAUUCCCGCUUCACACAGGUGCUGAAUCUUUCACACUUCACAAGAGUUUGUGGUCACCGCUUCCAGUUGAAUGAUAUUAAAUGCCAUCCAGUCCUUCCAUUGCUCCUGUCAACAUCACAUCACAACAAGAAGGAAAUGUCUCCUGGGAACCCACCACUGGCUAGUGCGGAUGAUGCUCCACUGAUAUGCAUACAGGAUACAACAUUUAAAGACUGGUGUAGUGAAUUAAUUUUGUGGCGUGUAGAUGCUGUUGGACCUUUAAGUAAAUCUGGAGGAGUCAUGGAACUGGCUCGUAUCAAUUCCCCACAAGUUUCUGCAUUCUCUAAUGCUGCUUGGAUUCCAACCUUGUUACCUAGCACAACUCUGGGAAGUGUGUCAAAUUCUCCAUCUGCCUGUUUCGUGGCUUCUGAUGGUGAAUGUCUGAGAGUCUACCAAGCAGUGAUUGAUGGCAGGGCUCUUCUGGCUGAGAUAUCAACAGCAAAGAGGAAGAAACGCAUGAUGGAAUCAACCCUGAGCCUCUCGACAGAUAGCUCCCUUCAAGAACAUGUUGGACAAGUGAAUUUGGCAGAUAUAUUUGACAUAACCUCUGAGCAAUCAACGGCAAGACCUGGAUGUGUGAUAGAACUUGAUGCCAUUGGUGAUGCGACAAAUGACUGGCAGAACACACAGUUCCUUCAUGUGUUCCAAGAGGGACUCAUAAGGGGCGAAUUAGGAGCCGAAAGUGGUAAAGAUACAACCACAAUGUUUGAUCCAAUUCAUGCCCCUAUUGUGGACCUGCAUUCUACAGCUGUCUUUGAAGAGCCUUUCUACAUCACACUGUUGGAGAAGACGGCUGUAGGCUCAGUGAUGCAUAUGUGGAGACUGGUGAUUGCGUCCGAGAGCCAUGGUCAAGAAAGGAUGGAAGAGGAAGGCCACAUUCCUUCCGGCCGAAGCACCCCUGUGGUCGAUAACAUGGCUGGGCAGAACAAUGUUGAUGCCUCCCCUAUUGUUAUUUCUACAACUAAGAUCUACUCACAUCCCCUCCCCUUGCCACAUGGAGUGCAGGUAAUUCAUGCAUCCCCUGCAGCAGGACACCUGAGCUCAGCAUCUAUAUUCCCAGCCUGUUAUGCUCCUUAUGUGCUAGUGACAGCCUGCACAGACAACACAGUUAGGUUCUGGAGGUGCAGGAUGACAGGUGAAGGAGAUGCUACCCAGAUACAGUGGGAGGAAUGGCGUAUGGUCAGCAAAGAUGGGAAGAGUGCCAUCAAGGUGCCAGGUCAACCACUUCAUGUAAGUGUGGCUUACAGUGGAAGAAUUGCUUGUGCAUACCAAACUCCAGGGCAGCAGGCAACGGUAUCCACUGAUGCUGAUGGUUCCAUAACUUUCUCAUGUUCCUUGGCCAUCUAUGAAUGUGAAUCAACAGGAGGUGCUGAAUGGGUAUUAGAAGAUAAAUUUGACCUUCAAGAUGUAGUUACACAUCCAGGUGACUCAAAUUUGUCAGAUCUAGACUUGACUUACCUCUCCAAAGUUGCACAAGGCAAAUCAACAUCACGCUUGACAUCAGCUCUAAGUUCUGAAGAUCUCCCACAAGCAUGUCCAACAUCACCACAGUUUGCUCAUGACCAUUUGUCUGCAGAAGCAUUACAUUCAGUCACUAGUCAGCUCUUGGUCCCUAGUCCAAGCACCUUACAUUCCCUUCGCAAUCACCGAUUUGAUAAGAGAGGUGUAAAUGUAAAGCAAAAGCAUCCAGUGCAGAUUGACUGGGUCUCACAGGAGGAUGGAUCUCACCUUCUUACUGUGGCUAUUGGGAGUAAGAUCUUGAUUUAUACAAGUGUUGCUGAUGAGAUUGCACUGAUGAACUGCAGUGAAGGAAAUAAAGACAAAGAAGGACGGCCAAGACCUGUGUUACAGAAAUCCAUAUCUGUCCAUAAACUUAGUGAUACAAAACUGCCAAGGUGGAUGCGCUUAGAAAAAUUAGGCUUGUCCACAGCAGAUGGUCUUGCACCACUGCCAAUGCAAGUGUCUUGGGUGCGUGAUGGCAUUCUGGUUGUGGGAAUGGAUAAUGAAAUGCAUGUCUACUCACAGUGGCAUGUCCCAGCUGCUGAUCAAAAACAAGGUCAACAACUGCAAGAAACAUCACUUACAAAGGAAGAGGGCCGUGAAUUGACUGAGGUUGACUUGAAGACGUACCUGCAAGAGUCCUCUCACACCACGAAGACCACAGCAUCCAUGUCUCGAGUGGCUUCUUUCUCAAUCCUGGCUUCCUUGGAUCACAAAAUGAAGAAGGGUUUAGGGGAAGUAAUGGCCAACCCACUGGAUGAAAUAGAUGUUCCUGCAAGCUCAACCUCAGGCAUCUUUGAAGCUAGUCACAUUGCUGCUCCAGUGUUGCCCCAGUACCACCCACGCCAGCUAAUGGAACUUCUUAAUUCUGGAAAAAUAAGACGCGUUAAGGCCAUUCUGGCACAUUUAGUCAGAUGUUUAUCUCAACUUGGUCAACGAAGCGCUGAUGCAGCUUACCGCACAAGCCUCUCAGAUGCAGAUGAGCCUCGUAGUCGAUCAUGGUCAAGAUCCCGCACUCUGUCUGUAUCAGGAAAUCAGGGCGGUUCUUCAAGUCGAGAUGGUAGGGGAUCACCUUCACUGCUUCCAGAAGAGAUAACUCUUGAUUAUAUUGAAGUGACAGCAAUACCUCCUCUUCCUUUAUGGCUCCUUCUUGAAGCUGAUAAAGAUACUCAGAACCAGCAGACAAAGAAAACUGAAAAUAAAGAAGAUACCUAUGCAGAAUUAUUUGGAGCUCCAGCCAUGUCAGUGGAUGAUGACUUAACCCUUGAUGAUGAUGAAGUGGACACUGGAGGCAGGAGGAAAUCACUGACCCAUGAGAGCAAAGGAAUUACCUUCUUUGGACCACGUCAGACCCAAAUUUUGGCAACUUUGCUUACCCACACCCAUCUGCCAGGACUGUCAAGUCUUGACCAAAUGCACCUUUUGGCCCUGUCAGACACAGUAGCCUCAUGUAAUGUUGACUUUGCUGAUCGCUUUGAUAUAAACAAGGCUAAAGAAGCACUGGCUAAGGAGACAUUUUCAAGAGCUGUUACAGAUGAGCCUUCUAUGGAUGCUCUUGAUGACUGUGGUUUACGAUUCCUUUUGGCAAUGCGUCAUCACACAUAUCUUCUUAGAUGUUUGCCCAUUGCUCAAAGGGCAGCUUUGCAGAAAGGUGGCAUUGGUAGUCACAGUUUUGUCUGGGCUUUCCACUCAGAGAGCCAAGAAGAACUUUUAGAAUUUAUUCCAUCUAUGAGACAGGGCAAUCCUCGUUGGUCAGAGCUGCGGGAAUUAGGCUUUGGAUGGUGGAUUAGAACCAACACAGUUCUGUCACGCUGCAUCAACAAAGUUGCGAAGGCAGCUUUCCAGUUACGGAAGGAUCCUCUUGAUGCUGCCAUUUACUAUCUUGCGAUGAAGAAGAAAAGUCUUGUUUGGGGUCUCUUCCGCUCCAUCAAUGACAAAAGGAUGACUGACUUCUUUUCCAAUAAUUUCACUGAGGAGAGGUGGCGAAAGGCAGCCCUGAAGAAUGCCUUUGCACUCCUUGGAAAACAGAGAUUUGAGCAUGCUGCAGCCUUCUUCCUCCUGGCAGGGGCUCUCACUGAUGCUCUAGAGGUUGUUUUGAACAAGCUUCAAGACGAACAGCUUGCUUUAGUUAUUAUACGUCUCUAUGAGGAACUGGAAGCUGUUCCCCCAACACUUUGUAAAUUGUUGUAUACUAGGGUGCUUGGAAAGGAUGAGCAAGGAGAGAACAUAGACCUCACAAAAAUUCAUCCCAAUCCCUUCCUUCGCUCAGUUGCCUUUUGGAUGUUGAAAGAUUACAGCAACUCCCUAAAUACACUACUUCAGACAGACCCAGUACUUGGUAUACACCAUCAGGAAUAUGUGUCUGACAAAUCAAAAUCUUCAAGUGUGUUCAGUGCAGCAGAUCCAAGUGUAUUCAACUUCUAUAUUUACUUGAGAACUCAUCCACUGCUUAUCAGGCAGUGCAUUGCCAACAGUGCUAAAGAUGGAGGUGGAUCACUUAUGGCAGCAAGGCUUGGGUCCGGUCAAGACAACCUGGAUAAGAAGAGUGUGUACGAAAGUAGCAUGACACUUCUGGAGAGAAGACUUUACUUUACUACAGCUCAUGCUCACCUCAGAUCAGGAUGUCCAACCCUAGCCCUAGAGGUCUUAUCCAAGCUGCCAGACAAUGUCAUUGAUCCAGAUAAUCCUGAUACAGGAGAUCUCUUAGGAAGCCCAUCAAAGGAGCAAAGACCAGCAUUUGAGCUAAUCCACUCAGGAACCUUUGAAAGCAGUGAUUCAUUUGAGCAGAGUGCAAUAUCCUCAGGAGGUGGGGACAAAGCAUCUGACCUGUUUGGUGCUAGCCCAGCAUUUGGAGCUGGUUCAUCAUCUGUUGGAUUUGAUUGGUCAACUCCAAGUUCAUUACAAAGGAAGGAUGAUGAUUUAGAACUUGAUUUCUCCAUUGACAAAGAUGAAGAAGAAGAUAUUGAUGACAUGGCAGAUGAAAAGAAGAUUCAUGCACAGUCUACAAAUGAGGAAGAAGAAGCACUAUCAGAUUCUCCUAGCAAGCAUCUAGACAUUAUGGCACAACAGCUGAAGUUUGUGUCCUGCCUCAAAAUGAUGAUGGAGGAACUAGCCACCCUAGCUACAGGUUGUGAGGUUGAUGGUGGACAGCUACGUUUCCAACUCUAUGUUUGGCUUGAACGAGAGGUGGAAGCCCUGAAGGAAGUGUGCAACUACUGCUGCACAUUGAGUGAUGGCGCUGACUUCAAGUUGUGGGAGGACUCCUUUUGGGAGAAAGUCCUCGUGGAAUCCAUCCCUGCGGAUGAAGGCGGUGACAUACUAGCUCCAUCUCCUGUUCCUCUGGCUGAGCCAUCGACUCUGCACGAAAUCCUACAGCAGGAAAAGAUAGAAUUUGAAGAGAAAAUGGAAAGGGCAGCAAGAAGAAAAAGGUGGCUGAUGGCAAACCAGCAAUUGCUCCGUACACUUCUCAGCUACUGUUCCCUUCACGGAUCCAGCGGAGGGGGACUUGCUUCUGUUAGGAUGGAACUUAUUUUGCUUUUGCAAGAACUACAACAGGAAAGCAGCAAGCAGCAGCUUCUCUCACCCUUGCCAUUCCCAACAACUUUGCCACUUCUCUCUGCUUCAAUUGCAUCGAACAAGACUGUUGUGUCAGAUCCUGUUCGUCACUUACAGGCAGGCACCCAUGAUCUGCUACAGUCCCUUGUUGAGGUGUCUGGUGUUGGUCGUCCAGAUGCACAACUCAUGUGUCAGGCAACUGUUUUGAGGAAUCUUGCUGCUGCCCUUUCUGCUUGCAUAUAUCAGUCUCUCUGUGACUCUGAAACAUUUACUGUCAAGGCCCAGCACAGAGUGGCAGCCCUUGGUGUGGAUAUUCAGCAUACAACAGUAGCUCACCGUGAAUCUCAUCUUGUGGGACGUGAUCUAAGAACAGGGACACCCCAUGAGGAGGAACCACUCCAGGUGUGCACUCCUCCUGCCAAGUGGCCAGGUGUCACUUCCCUUCUGGCAUUGAUUGCUCGUGAACGUGAUGAAGAUACUCCGAAGUUGAAUGUUCUCCUCUGUGAAGCUUUUGUUGCCGUGUACUUAAGUCUCCUGAUAUAUGGCAUUUCUGCCAGUGAUGCUUAUGUGUUAUACCGCCUUGUUGCACAGCCUCUAACAGAAAAAGAUUGGGCUACUAUGUUUGGAGGUGGAGUUAAGAAGUUAUUGAAAGUCAUCACAAAUGUAUUGCCUAGCCAAGCAUCUCUUGAAAAAGAAGGUGCUGGAGCUGCCGUCAGUGGGGAGAGGAUUCUGUCAACGAUUUCUAGCUUACAGAAAACGAGGAUCAAAUUCAACAUGAAAUUGCUGGGUCAGCUUGGGUUCCAGGACCCUCGUGGGGCUGCCAGUGAUGGUGAUAGCAAGCCUGCGUAUCGGGAACAGUUUCUUCCGCCAGAAUUGUCAAUUGUGUCCAACCUUAUGAAGAAACCUCCUCUUCCUGGUGAAUGUGAGAAUAUUGAUUAUGAUUCAUCUGCAAGUGAUGAUGAGGAUCUAGAAAUUGAUUAUGAAGAGGAUGAAGAUGUGUUCAAGGAACCAAAGGUACUAGCAGAUAACACUGAGCACAGUGACCCAGACUCAUAUUCAUGGUGCCUACUGCGACUUGCAACUAUGUGUGCUGCCAAAUCGGUUGUGGGAAGAUUCUUGGAAGUUGCCGGGGUGGAGUUACAGGGUAAGGGGAAAGAACUCCCAAUGCAAAGCCCUCUGCUGCAUUCCAUCCUGCGCACUCUGGACCAGUGGCUGGCCUCCCUGGUCAACCACAUUGAGAACAAGAAGGGGCCACCACCUGAGUAUAUACCUGGCUGCUUUGCUGAGUCCCAGGUUACUGGACCGGCCAUCUUGAAGUACCGAGGGCUUCUGGAGACUCACAACACUCCCUUUGCGCAUAACAAGCGAGGUGUAAAGCCAGUAGAACGCCUGUGGAACUUCUUGGUACGACAAGAACAUGUCCAGGAGGUCUUUGUCAGAUAUAUCUUUGGACGGAAGAGACCAGCACCGGAGCCUACACAGUAUUCUGAUCAUGGGGAUGAUGAUAUGAGUGAUGUUGUAGAUGGAAUAGAGGGUUCAGGAACUGGUGAAGGAGGAUCAGAAAUGGGCAUUGAGAGCCACCAUGAACCUUCAGAGCAUGGUGGUCCACCGUCAGAGACAACAGUGCAGUCUCUGGAGCCUGUGCGAAUUAUCCACAAAGAACAGGAUUCCAUUACAUCUUUCUGUAUAAAUGGGGUGAAUCCGGGACUAAUGGCUAUAGCAACAGUAAGAGAAGUGCAGGAGCUUGAUGUAUCACUCUUGUUAGACCAUCCUGGCUGGCUCACCAAUGAAUGUGAACUGGAUGUUUUAGCUCUCAACAAGGAGCCAGAUACAGUACCAUCCUCAAACUUCCUGGUUGUGCAGACACCUAUGGACAAGAAUAUUCUUGAAUCUGGUCGAGGAGGGCUGGAUGGAAACUUGUCCUCAUCAUCUAGUAUAAACUUCGGUGGUAUGGGUUCAUCUCCAAUGGGACAAACAGGCCGGGGUACCAGUGUGGUAUUAAGUCAUCGGAUUGAAGGAACACGACGUAUGACCUCCCACCCAGUCCUUCCACUGUACCUAUUAGGGUGUCAGGAUGGGUCAGUGGUUGUGCGAGAGUGGCGUCAUAGUUCCAUCGUGGCCCGACCUCGGCCUGGUGGCACUUUCGCCAAGGUUGCACGUGUCCGCUUCAACCAGCAAGGAAACAAAUUUGGAGUGAUUGACGGGGAUGGAAACUUGUCCCUUUAUCAACUAGGUUUAGCAUCACAAGUCAACAAGCAGUUCUAUACUCACCAGUGCCAUAAUAAGCAUGGCAGUGACUUUGUCUUCAUUGGGUCAUCCAGCCUCAUUGCAACGGCUGGACAGUCCUCAGAGCAUCGUAAUGUUGCACUCUGGGAUACUCUGAUGCCACAACGAAAAGCAAAUGUUGUCUCUUGGACUUGUCAUGAUAAUGGGGCUUCAGCUUUGCUCUAUGCUCCACAACAUCAAGUGAUCCUGUCAGCUGGCAAGAAAGGAACAGUGUGCAUCUUUGAUGUCAGACAGCGAACUCUGCGACAGAAAUUCCAGGCCCAUGAUGCUGCAAUCAAGUGUAUGGCAUUAGAUCAAAGUGAAGAAUUCUUCUGCACAGGAUCAGCUGAUGGUGAUAUUAAGGUAUGGGGGCUUUCUAUCCAUAACCUGAUAUAUAACUUGCCUGGUGAGCAUUCACGAUCAUCUUUAUUCAAGAAUUUAAGUCAAGGCGUGACACAGCUCCAACUGGACAAUAAGAAUCGGCUUUUCUCCUGUGGUGCCGAUGGCUCUAUCAAACUAAGACAACUUCCUGAAAGAGACUUGAAUAUCAGUCUCUUGUAAGGUGCAUCAUUCUAUUGUUUUGUUUUUCCUUUUGUAAUUACAAAGCAUUUGUUAUGCUAAAGGGAGUUUUUAAAGGCACAGAUGCUUAGAUAGGUUGAUUUCACUAGAAAACAAUGCAACACACAAUUUUGUUUCUAUGCAAUCUGUUAAAAAUCUAGGUACUAGGUCUUUAUAGAAAAAAAGCAGCAUUUUUUAAUGGUUUCACAGUUUCAUCAAUAAGUUGUGCAUCUAAGGUAGUUUUAGUUGGUGCUAGCAAUGACUCAUAUGAAUUUAAUAUUUUAUGCUGGAGUAUAGAAGAGGUAUGUGCAGUCCUUAUUUGUAGGAAGUAUAUAUGUAUAUAUGAAUGGCAGUAACAUGUUAAGGCUGUGUGAACAUUACAGUUAAUUUAAGAGAAGAUUUUUGUUUCCACAGUAAGUUACAGGAUUUUUAAAUAGGGUAUGCCAAUUAUUUUUGUUUUCCUAUGGAAAUAUGGAAAUGACUGGUUUCUGUUUUUCAACUGUUUUCCCUCUGGUAUUUAUUAUUAUUUAUCUAAGGUAUGCUGAAAGCAUAAACUUAAAUGAAGCAAGUAUUAUAUGAGAUAGCUAUAGAUUAUAUUACAGAAAACAGACAGUUUUUGUGUAUAUGCUGAGUUGUAUCUCAGGCUAAUAUAUAAAAACAGAGAAAGAAGAAAUAAUCAAUUAAAAUGAAUGAUGUGAUUGAUGUAUUGUUAAUGCUAAAAACGUGGAAUGUCUGUUUAUGUAUAUGUUCGUAUGCAUCUAUGUAUGUGAUUGUGUGAAAAGGGACCGUAAUAAUGUAGGUGUAUUAUGGGGCCAGUGUUGAGACCGGAAUAUGAAUGCAAAUGUACCAUGGCCAAUAGUUUACCUGAUUCCAUGUAAGUCAGAAAUAAUGGUGCAUUUCAGAACACUUAAUAGGAAUGACUAGACGAGUGUGUAUUUGCUUAUAUAUAUAUACAUACAUAGAAUGUAUGGCUGAAGUACUUUAAUGGUUUUCAUGUAAGGAACUAUUAUGUUUUAAUGAAUAAUGCUGAACACUAAGCACUAAAUCAUGUGAACACAUUUUUGCUGUCUUCCUUUAAGUCUGUCUGCAGUAACCUUUUUUCAGAGAAGUUGUACUUUGAAGAAACAAAAUGUGUUUUCACUCGUUAUUAAUCAAUUCUAAUCGUAAUUUACUUUGCUUUUUUAUUUCAAAUAGGACACAAUUACUGCAUAGCUGGUGUUGAUUAAAUAGGAACAGUAAGAUAUAAUUUUUCCAGUUGUGGAAAAUGAUAAAUAGUCUCAUAUAAGAAAUGAUGUAUUAAUAAUGAUAUAAGAAGGCAGUGAAAAAUGUAACAGCACUGAUACUGGACACCUAUAUUGUGUAUAUAUAUGUACAUACACUGUCGUGUAUAUACACACUUGCACCCACUUCAACCUUCUUAACCAUACUACAGUUUUUGUGCCACAUAGAAUCCUAAUAAAAGAGAUUAUGUUAACUCAGAUGUAAAAUGAAAUACGAUUAAGAAAGAGCUAUUUCAAAACCUUUCCUCUUUUGUUUAGAUGUAUAUGAAUUUACUUAGGUUUUAAAAUUACAGAAAAUGUUCAGUUUUAAAGUUUUAUUAUAAUAUAUACUGUAUAUCAUAGUUUUUUUUAAUUAUUUAAUUUGUUAAUGACAAAUAUAAAUAUAUCUAAGUAGAUGCUUGUUGAUUCUAACUCAUCUGCUUAAAGUUUUAAAAAAAUCACAUAGUCAUUUUUAAGGAAAUUGAAGGAGAGAAAAGCACAUGCAGUGAGAGAGUCAUUCAUCUUCUGUGCUGGAAGAAUGAGAAGUAAAGUUAAAUAGACAUGUUGAUGUUUUUUCCCCUCAUAGUGAAUAGCAGAAUUCAGAUCUGGUUCGAAGUGGAGCUUCAGCAGGUCAUUUCGGUGAAAUUUUGCCUUCCAUUGUAUAUCACAGUUGAUGAAAGCCUGUCUUCACCAAGGAAAGACCAUUUCGUUGGUUUUGGGUCUCCUCGUCUUGUUAUUUACCUUGACAUGUCAAUAUAUAUGCUGAAAUGUCAAGAAUAAUGUUGUAUUGUAACAAAUAAUUAUAUGAUUUUUAUUAAAGUCCAUGUUGUACGGUUGUAAUGGUAGCAGCAGAGUGUAACAGAUACAUUAUGAUUUUCCUGUUUUCAAACAACUGCAAGUCUAGGAAUGUGGUAAUUAUCUUUUGUUGUCAUAUAUAUACCUUCUUGUUUGUAAAUAACACUUUGCUUGGCUGUAUUUCCAUAAAUUUGUUGAUUGUUUACAAUAAAUACAGCACAUUUCCAAUGUAGCUAAAAAGAUCGAUCCACUGGCAUCGUACAUUCCAGAUUUUAUAUUUUUGUCCCAAGUAUUAUAAAGAAAUAAGGUCAUAAUAUUGUAUUGUGAAGGUUAUAUGUAUACAUAGUUUUGUGGAAUGGAUAUAAAUGUUAGAGCGAA